GAAAGAAUUAAUUAAUUAUUUAAUUUAUUUAUUUAUUUAAUAAUAAAAUCAACUAUUUAUUUGAUUAAAAGCAAAAAAAGCAAAAGUAAAAAGUAAUAAUUGCAAAAAGUAAUUAUAACCUUAAUUAGAAGAAAAUUAAACAAAAAAACAAACAAAGAUUAAUUAGCGAAAACGCAAAUAAAUAAAUUACAAGAGAUAUAAAGCAAAAUGGAAUAGGAUUACAUCAAUACUGAGCAAUAGCAAUAGGGAUAGAAGUAGUAAGAAGCCACCACCGAAAACAAUGUGGUGUUUCAAGAUCAAUAGGAAACCAAUUAGAUUGAAGAGCAAGUUCAAACCAUACCAAUUUACAUGGAUUGUGGUUUGAUGCCUGAAUUCAAAUCAGCAGAUUAUAAAAGCUUAGAGAGCAUUAAGGAGACAUUUGCUCCAUUGAAGAAUAUUAAUGAUCCCAACUUUACUAUUCCUAACUUAGAAAGUGCAAUUUUUUUGAAAUUUUCAAGCUCUAACAAGGACCAUUUGCACAAGGCUAUAAAAUAUGGCAUUUGGACAACCGUUAAUCAUCAAAUAAACUAAAUUGAAAAAAUAUACUAAGAAUCUUUAAAUAACCCAUUAGCUUAAAUUUACUUUUAUUUCUUCUUUGAAAACUAGCUUUAUGGUAUGGCUAAGCUAAAGGAAGGUUUCAAUCCUAAUAAGUCUUUCUAACUAUGGACAGAAGAAGCUAGAUGGUUCGGUAUUUUCGAAAUAGAAUGGAUAUUUGUAGGAAAAGUUGAUGUAGGUAGCGAAAAUUAAAAUUAGGAUAAAUCACUCAAAUUUAAACAAGAAUAGGCCUUGAAGCUCUUUGAAUUCGCAAAGAAGUCAGAUUUCUAAACAGUAUUCAAUGACUUUGAAUCAUUCGAUUUAAAAGAAAAGGAAAUUCGUAAAGUCAGAGAAGAUAGAGAAGGAGAAUACUACUAAAAAUUCUGUUAAACCCACAGUUAAAAUUAGUUUAACUACGAGAAAGGCAUUUUUCCUGAUAAGAGAAACAAAAACUAUCACAAAGGUUUCUAGCAUAAAAACAAUUAGGGAUACUAUCAACACAAUUAAAACCAUUAAAAUUACAACCACUAUUAAAGUCACCACUAUUAAAACUCCUAUUACAACCAAAACAUCGAUGGAAACACCAACAACAACAAUAACUACGCUAUGAAAAACAUGAACUAACAUAACUACUAAUUUAUGACUUAACAAUAAUAGCAACAAAUUCUCUCAAUCCCCUACAUUUAAACCCCUGAGGAUUUCGAAAAAUUCAUACAAAGUUAGCCAAAAAUUUACUUCAACUAAAAUGGAGGAUUUAAGAAACAUACUAAUAAAAAGUAUUUUAACAAUAACAAUAACUAACAAAAGGGAUAUAGAUUUAAUGCUAAGUAUUAAAAUCAAUAAAAGCCAUUUAACAACAACGAUUAGUAACUACCCACUGAUCCCUCAUCUUCUCAAUCUCCAACUGUUGAACAUCAAGAAGUUAACUCCACUGAAUAAACCUAAUAAGUUGAAUAGAACACCAACAAUUAACAAAAUCAACACUAUCAUAAGAACUAUUAGCAUCAUAGCCAUUACAGAUAAAACAACGGCUAUAAUAACCAAUACCACUACAACAAUAACAACUAAUAAGUAAAUGGAAACUAUAAUAACAAGUUCUAGCAUUAUAAGAACUAUAACAAUAAUGGAUACUAUCAAAAUAAUAACGGAAAUGGCAACUACUAUAACAAUAAAAAAUAUAACAAUAGAAACUUUAAGCAAAACAACUAAAAUAGGUAAAAUAGAUAGAAUAUUUAAUCAUAGGGAUACUAAGGUGAUUAGAAUGAUUUCCCUUCUAUUAACGAUGUUUAGCAUUAGAAUUAAGUUGAUGAUUUAACUUAAGUUGAAUAAUAAAUGGACGCUAUCAAUAUCUCCUAAUAAUGA